GCAAGACAAUUAUUUCAAUCACUCGCCCAAGACAUCUUGAUCUUGUUUAUUGGGUUUCUAUUCUUGGUGUGGGUUGCUCAUAAUUCUAGGGUUUGUGACAAGAGCAUGGCUCAGACGCGUAAGCUCGAAAAGCAAGCACAGAUCAAGUCCUCGCCAGAGAAAUUGUUCGACGUUUACAAGAACAAGACCGACUUGAUGCCCAAAAUCAGCCCCGACAAGUUGCGCAGCAUCGAAGUCAUUGAAGGUGAUGGUAAGAGCGUUGGCUCUGUGAGGCUUUGGACUUACUUCCUCGGUGAUUCUGUCGUUGCAAAAGACAAGAUAGAUGCUAUAGACGAGGGGAACAAGUCGAUUACAUUCGACAUCAUUGGCGGAGAGGUCACCAGGUACUUUGCUCGCUAUAAAGCCACCAUUCAGCUGGUCUCGACGGGACAGAAUAACUUUGUGAAGUGGAGCGUUGAAUAUGAGAAGAUGAAUGAACAAGUUCCUGAUCCUCACCCUCAGCUUGACUUCUUGAUCACCAUGGUCAAAGAGGUGGACAAUUACCUUGUCCAGAAUCCCUAAAACCUUAAAACAGAAAUGUUUAUGGCAUAUGCAGGGGUGUGGGUUUUUUUUUUUUGGUAAAAUGCAGGGGUGUGGGUUAGUUUGCAGUGAUUAGUAGAUAUCGAUCGCCCGCUUUCCUUGUUAAAUAAUUUGUAAGCAUCUAUUAUCUAUAGUUGAAGGGCAAGCGUUUCUAGUUCUUAUCCUUUUACCAUGCUUAAUAGAGUCAGUGUGUGUACUUCAUCAAAAGGUUCAAAUGAAAAAAAAAAAAAAAACUUCAUGUUGUGUUGGUUUUUAAGUUUCUAAAA